UUUGCAAUUAACGGAGCAUUAUACAUACACGCACAGCUUGCUAGCUAGCUAUACUAGCAAUGGCGCGGUGGUCGGCCGCCACUGCGGUGGCGGUGGUGACGGUGCUGUACUGCUUGGCGGCCAACUUGGCGUCGGCGCAGCCGGGCAACAUGCGGGUGAUCACCAUCGACGGCAAGCAGCGCAACAGCAAGUUCACCUGCACUGACACCAAGAACAAGCGCCCCGGGUGCAUGGCCACCUGCCCCAGGCGCUGCCCCACCAAGUGCCUCGUUCUCUGCCCAACCUGCAAGACAUUCUGCCUGUGCGACUUCUACCCCGGCGUGUCGUGCGGCGACCCGCGCUUCACCGGAGCCGAUGGCAACAACUUCUACUUCCACGGCAAGAAGGACCAGGACUUCUGCAUCCUCUCCGACGCCAACCUCCACAUCAACGCCCACUUCAUCGGCAAGCGCAACGCCGCCAUGAGCCGCGACUUCACCUGGAUCCAGGCCCUCGGCGUCCUCUUCGCUGACCACAGCCUCCACCUCGGCGCCGUCACGGCCGCCCGCUGGAACCCCGCCGCCGACCACUUCAACGUCACCUUCGACGACGAGCGCGUCGUCCUGCCGGCGCUCGACGGCGCGCGCUGGUCCCCGGCCUCCUACCCCGCGCUCUCCGUCGCGCGCACGGCGCAGGCCAACGGCGUCGUCGUCGAGCUCAGGGGCGUCUUCCGGAUCCUGGCCAACGCCGUGCCCAUCACGCAGGAGGAGUCGCGUGCCCACAACUACGGCGUCACCGACGACGACUGCCUCGUGCACCUCGACCUCGGAUUCAAGUUCGAGGCGCUCACCGACGACGUCCACGGCGUGCUCGGACAGACCUACCGCUCCGACUACGUCAACAGGCUCAACGUCGUCGCCAAGAUGCCCGUCAUGGGCGGCACGGCCAACUUUGUCUCGUCAGGCUUGUUCGCCACCGACUGCGCCGUUGCCAGGUUCGGCCGCGGCAGCGCUGCGCCUGGCGCUGGCACCGGCAUUGCCAUGGUCACGGACGCCAAGUACGUGUAGAGGUCCAACAACUAGUAGCUAUAUAUUGUUAGCUACGUAUGAAGAACAUGCAUGCAUGAUCGAGACCAAGUAUUAAUAAUUCCGUCUAAUAAUUAAUUGUUCAUUCAGGAGCGUGUAUUGUGGUGAACAAUAUAAUUAUAUAUGCAAAAAGAGAAAUAAUUCAGGAGCGUGUAAGUGAAGAAUGCUAUAUAUACAGCUCCAGGAGUCGUUGGA